CCAACAUGGCGGCAAAGGGGAGCGAAGAGGAGACGCAGUUGCAAGAGAUGGAGGAGGAGGCGGCAACCGGGGUCGAGAGAGAAAUGGAGUCUGAUGAGGAGGAGGGAAUGGGAGUCGAGGAUUCUGAUGAGGAAGAAGACGAUUCAUCUGACGAUGAAAAAGAGAAUGAAGCCGAAAUCCAGCGUUUGGAAGAGCAGCUGUCCAUCAAUGCAUUUGACUACAACUGCCACGUGGAUCUGAUCAAGCUGCUGCGGCAGGAGGGGGAACUGCUCCGGCUGCGGAGGGCCAGACAGAAGAUGAGCGAGCUUUUCCCGCUCACGGAAGAGAUCUGGCUUGACUGGCUCAAAGACGAAAUCCGUUUGACCAAGGAGGAGCCCAACCGGGACAAAGUCAAUGAUCUCUUCGAGAGAGCUGUAAAGGAUUACAUCUGUCCCGAGAUCUGGUUGGAGUAUGCCCAGUACUCCAUUGGGGGCAUGGGGACUCCCGGUGGGAUCGAAAGGGUGCGGAAGAUCUUUGAGAGAGCUCUGACAGCGGUUGGGCUGCACAUGACCAAGGGCGCAGCUGUGUGGGAGGCCUACAGGGAGUUUGAGAAUGCUAUCAUGAGCACGAUGCAGCCUCCAGGAAGCGUUCCCACUCGUGAGCAGCAGGAGCUACUGAACGCUCAGCUUGAGCGCAUCCAUGCAUUGUUCCGACGCCAGCUGGCCAUCCCCCUAAUGGAUAUGGAGGCAGCAUAUGCAGAGUAUGAGGAGUGGUCGGAGAGGGGCAUCUCAGAGUCCAUCACCCAGCAGUUCAAGAAAGCCCUGCAGCAGAUGGAGAAGUGCAAGCCAUUUGAGGAGGCUCUGCUGGUUGCUGAGCCUCCUAAACUAGCAGAGUAUCAGGCCUACAUUGAUUAUGAGCUGCAGGAAGGAGAUCCUGCCCGGAUCCAGAUCAUCUUUGAACGAGCAUUGGCUGAGAACUGCCUGGUGCCAGACAUGUGGGCCAAAUACACCAAGUACCUGGAUCGUCAGCUGAAGAUCAAAGACCUGGUUCUGACCUCUCACGACCGUGCGGUGAGGAACUGUCCCUGGACGAUGGGCUUGUGGAAGAGCUACUUGCUGGCCCUGGAGAGGCAUGGAGCAGAGCACCAGACUGUUUCAGAAAUCUUUGAGAAGGCCCUGAAUGCUGGAUUCAUCCAGGCGACUGAUUAUGUGGAAAUUUGGCAAGCGUACCUGGACUACUUGAGGAGGCGUGUCGAUUUCAGCAAAGAGUCGAGCAGAGAGCUGGAAGAGUUGCGGACAGCCUUCACUAGGGCACUGGACUACAUGAAGCAGGACGUGGAAGAGAGAUUCAGUGAAAGUGGAGACCCUUCUUGUACCAUCAUGCAAAUCUGGGCGAGGAUAGAGGCUUUGCAUUGCAAGAAUAUGCAGAAGGCCCGUGAAUUGUGGGAUAGCAUCAUGAUGAAAGGGAACGCCAAAUACGCCAACAUGUGGCUGGAGUAUUACAACCUGGAGAGGUCGUAUGGAGAUGCUCUUCACUGCAGGAAGGCGUUGCACAGAGCGGUCCAGUGCACGGCGGACUACCCUGAGCAUGUGUGUGAGGUGCUUCUCACCUUCGAGAGGGUGGAGGGCACCCUGGAGGACUGGGACGCGGCAGUGCAGAAGACGGAGACUCGCCUGACCAGGGUCAACGAGCAAAGGGCCAAAGUGGCCGAGAAGGAGGCACUGCUGGCCCGGCAAGAGGAGGAGAAGGCAGAGCAGCGUCGCAAAGCCAAGGCAGAGAAGAAGGCCCAAAAGAAAACACAGAAGAAGGCUGGAGAGAAGAGGAAGGUUGAGGAAGAGGAGGACGAAGAGGAUGAGUGGGGGGAUGAGUCGGAACAGCCCACAAAAAGGCUUAAAGGGGACGGUGACCCCGGCUUCAGUGGUCUGGGCACCGAGGACUUCAUGGAGACCGAAAGCGGACUGUUUGGCCGGAAAGGCCCCGCAACCAAGAAGGCAGACGCACUCGGAGCCAAGAAGGGCCGGGUGGUGGCAGCCGAGGCGCGCAAGGUCCAGGACGCCACCAUGGACAAGCGCAACAACAGCAUGAGCGUCUUCGUCAGCAACCUGGCCUUCACCUUGGAGGACCCGGAGACGAAGCUGCGGGACUUGUUCCAGGGCUGUGGCCCCAUCCAGCAGAUCCGACCCAUCUACACCUCCAGGGGCACCUUCAGGGGCUACUGCUACGUGCAGUUUGAGGAGCAGAGGUCGGUGGCCGAGGCCUUGAAGCUGGACCGCCAGGAAAUUGACAGCAGGCCCGUGUUCGUUUCUCCGUGCGUGGACAAAAAUAAGAACCCAGAUUUCAAGGUUUUCAAAUAUAGCACGUCUCUGGAGAAACACAAGAUCUUCAUCUCGGGUUUGCCAUACUCCUGCACCAAGGAGCAGCUGGAGAACCUGUGCAAAGAGCACGGUACGGUCAAGGACAUCCGUCUGGUCACGAACCGCUCUGGGAAGCCCAAGGGCUUGGCGUACGUGGAGUAUGAGGACGAGGCCCAGGCCUCCCACGCAGUGCUGAAGAUGGACGGGAUGGUGCUCCAGGAGCACACUCUGACAGUGGCCAUCAGCAACCCGCCCCGCAGGAACGUGGCGGACAAACCUGGCCAGAUGAUGCCUCGCCAGCUAUAUGGCGCGAGAGGAAAGGGACGCACACAGCUCUCCCUACUCCCUCGGUCCCUGCAUCGACAGACUGCCCCGGAUUCUAAGGCAGAGAACGGGACCCUGCAGAACCAGUCGGGGGGGUCGGUGGGCGGGCCGGCAGCUGCAGCAGGAGCAUCUGGAUUGGAGGCGCAAUCCAAGCCCCUGUCCAACGCAGACUUUGCCAGGCUACUUCUCAAAAAAUAAACUGAGCAGAUUUUGCAGAGCAACAGGAAAUAACUGCCUUUUUACGGAAGCCAUUUUGUGUCCUUAAAUAGAAGAGAAAAAUAACAUUGUUAUGUCUCUGUAAAUAUUUGGGUAAAUCCUUGUUGACAGUUCUUUGAGAGAAAGCCUUAAUCAACCACGGCUCCAUUAUGUUUGUUUUACUCCUUAGUUUUCCAAGUGGGAGAAUCGGCCCCUCCUUUGCAGAUCAGUUGGCCUGAGGAAGUUAAUUACGGAAUUUUAGUGAAGCUCAGUUCAUUUUUUUAUUUUUAAUUUUAUUUGGGGUGGGGAGGGGCGGUGGAGAAUAUGUUUUGUAAGUGAUCCGUGACCUAUAUAUUUGUGUAUAUAUUAAGAGACCCACAGCAAGGUGUACUUUUUUGUUGAACGGGAAAGAAAGGGUUUAGUGGAGCCUGAGAUUUUUUUUUCAAUGUGAUGUAAAAACAACCUGUGAAUCAUGUUUGCUAUUGUUUUAAAAGGUAUAUGCAAGAGCUUGAGUUCUAUUAGAAAUGUAUUGUAAAUACUAUAUACCAGGACGUGAAAAGGUCACACAUCUUGAUUGCAUUUAAGCAGAAGGUUCAAACUGUUUCAGCCAGUGUCAUGCUGGUGAGAGCUGUGUGCCAUAGAGUGAGCAGCUGACAACACAAAGUAUUUGGACCAUCUGGCAGUUCUAGGCAACAGUACACAUUUUGAAAGAAUAUUCUUGUGCUUUACAGAGGCUAUCUGAACCGCUGUUGUACAGAUAACUUAUUUACAGUGACAUAACCCAAGUUCACUCUUUGCCAAGUCCUGUGCUUGCACCUGUAGAUUUCAAAUUGAGUAGAAUUCCUUUGGAAAAGUGUCCCAGAUUUAACGUGAGAAAAGCAUGACUUGUCAGCUAUGGCACUCCUGUAACUUUACAAUAUUAUGGCUUUGCUCAUCGAUGGCACUAUUAGCAGGUGGUUUUGAAGUUGUGUAUGUAUGUGGCUUUAUUGAAACCCAGUUUUCUGAUUUGUAAAGGCUGGUGAUGACCAUCUCUCACAUUGAGGGUGUUUUAAGAAAAAAAAAUAAUAAUAAGCAGGAAUGGAAAAGACAAUUGGUGUGUUCCCAGGGGACAAUUACUACUGAGCCUUGGCUAAUAGUCAAUCCCAGAAUGCCUCUUUUCUGUUUACUUCUGGCUGUUCCUUUUUAAAACCAUUCAGAGCUGACACAUCAUAAGCAACCCUGCCUUACUCUUAGUCCUCUAUAAUAGCCAUAAAAGGAUGGGUGAUUAGUUAACACUGUGAAAUGGACACUUCUUGGAGGAGUUGAUGGGGACAAGGCAAGAGGCAUGCAGUGCUUUGAAGCAGAAAUGUGGCAUUGAAAACGCUCACCCGGUCCCCCACCACUCUUGGAACCAACCAUUUUAAAAUCUAUGCAGCUGUAUAUCAUGAGGAGAACCCUCCAUGUGCUGUUCCUUCUUCAGAUUGUACAGAACUAUACUCACUAUAUAAAGAAGACAAUGUAUCAUAUAUAAACAGAUUCAAAUUAUACUCUUUAAUUGUUAGUGUCAGGAUGUCUACUCAGUACAAUUGAUCAAACUGCUGAGAACAUCUGGAGAUGAUUUCCAGGGAUCUUGGUUUGGUCAGCCCAUUGCAUUUUUAUUCUGAGUUAUAACUUCAUAGGAAAAUAAAUUGAAUGGGAAAAUAGAUUGAAUAUGUAUUUUAACCAAAAAGGUAUUUAUUUUCCUGAAUAGUCAGAAGUAGUUUUCUUUGCAAAGUUUGCAUAGGUAGGUAAAAGGAUAAGUCUUCUGUACUAGUUUCACCAGUGAGCCUUUUUGUUGUUUUAAUGACGUUUGUCCGGUGUUCAGUGUUCACAUCCCCCAGUGGUUGGCCAUAGUUUUGUACUGCAUUUGUAUGUUUUAAAAGGACAAAAUUUGCAAAAUCUAGUGACGUAUAUAUUAUAUAUCACCACAGUGGCCUAUUUUAGUGGAGACUACAGAUGUUUUAAAAAGCGGCUACCUGUAUGUCUGAUGUUCUGUAUAAAAAAGGUGGUGUUCAAAAUGUAUAGAUUUUAAAUGGCUUCUUUUUCUUUAAGAUGUCGGUUCAUCUGCUAUCUGUUGAUGUCAGUGCCCUGUAGCAUACUGGAUAUUCUUUUUAAUUUACCAAAACUUUUUGAUGUGGCAACUUUUUCAUGGACCAUUUUUCUGUGUGUAUUUUUGUUUCCUGCUUGUUCCAGGUUUUCCAGAGUUUUCCUUUGGUUGUUGGUCUCAAAUUGUAAAAGAAUUGUCAUCUCUUGUGAUUAUUUUGUUGCAGGCCUAAAAAGCUUCAUUAAAAGCAAUUAAAUAUACAUGCAGUUGGAUGUGUUUUUUUACACCUUCUCUGAUAACAUGCAGGGUUUUCUCCAGGAACCCAUAAUCAUGCAGAGGCCCUUCAUCCACUGUUGGCAUGGGAG